AAGCCAACAUGAUGACCAUCCUCAACAAUUAUAUUUCAAUGACUUCCUAAAGCCGAUCUCCUACACACAUACGCCGUCGAACAGCUCAUUCCAGCUAUAACCACGUCCAUUCUCUUCGUUUGGUAUCUGCACUCUGGGCGAAUAUUUAUUGCGGGAUAACAUCAUGAGUCGAUCAACCACCACGCUCAACGGAUCCCGUUCGAAUGCUCAAACCAUCGGACGAAGACCGGCCCAAACACAAGCUGCCACUCCCAACGAUUCAACACGAUCCAUCCUACUCAAAAACAACUCAUCCCUCUCACAACUCAAACCAUCACGCUCAAGGUUAACCACCCAAUCAAAGAACCUGGUAGAACCUCGAACGCCAGCUACCUUAGGUCGUCGAGUUAACAACCUCAACCUCCUUUCUGGCCGGAACUCUCCCUCCCAAACCCCUCUGGUGACCAUCAAACGAGAUGGCAAGAGUCGCUUGCCCAGAGCCGCACCCACGCCUACUGCCCAAACUCCCGGAAUCUCAAACCCUGGGACCAAGAAAUUAAGAGUCAAGAAAUCCUCGACCUUACAAGCUCAACCUGCCACUCCAGCUCGCUCCUCAUCCUCCAGUCUUGCUCUCACUCCUGAACCCCCGACCGCUCUGCAAACAGAAGUACCAAAACCUGGCUCAUCAACUCAUCUGACCACCGUCGAUCCCGAUGCAACACCCAAAAAGCCCCCAUCCCGAUCUUCUUUCAAGCAGAAUGCAGUCCUCACCAGCUCGGAAGAUCAGCCCAGCUCCAAACUCCCACUCCCUCACACCAUCACCCGUCCCACUCCGCAGACCAGCAUCGUGUUCCCGUCUAUUGUCGAAGAACAAACGCCGAAGCGGCCGAUGACCAGGGCACGCUCGAAACAGAUCCUCGACCGGUCCACCUCCUCGCUUGGGGUCUCGCCACCUGAGCAGACUGGGAUCUCUCAAAUCAAACGAAAGCCUUCCCGAGUGAUGCAGAUUGCACAAGCUUUCCAACAGGAGUCUCAGCUACUGACUGAUGGGCAUUCCAAAAACAUGCUAGGGGUCACUCCCCAGCGACGGCCAAGCAAUGGCUCCAACACCUCGGCCGUCUCACCCACCGGCUCACUGGUCGGGAACUCCUCACCCAACAUCUCCGCCCUCGCGGCCUCCUUGAGCAAGCAACACGGACAGCGAGACCGACUGAGUAAGGCGCGCUCGUCGGUGACCGACAUGCUCCGUUACUCGACCAUGUCCACCCUGGGCGGCCUGCAUUGGGAAGACGGGGCGGGCGAGGGACUGUUGACGGACCCAGACGAAACCGAGGCGAUGGUCGCUGACAUCUCCAUGAGCAACACCCCACUCAAACCCGCCGUACAGUCCGCCGCUAUCGCACUCGCCUCUGCGCGCGCUAACUUCCUAACCAUCGUCCAAGAGAACGAACAGGAUCCUCCCAAAAAGAUUUCCCACAAGCAAUCCGAAUCUUCGUUGAACACCACCAGCUCUCGGAUCAAAAAACGCCCCUCCUUCGGAUUUAUUCCCGCAUCUACUCCUCUCUCUAGAUCCCGGAUCUCCGGGACCUCAUUUACCUCAAACUCACCGAUCAUCAACCAACAACAACAACAACAGCAACAAAUGGUGAUCCAUGAAACGCAACUAGCCACGCUUUCCGCCUCCUUAGAACGAUCCCAACAACGCGAGAUCGAGCUGGAGAAAGAGAUCCAGAAACUUGAGCAAAGAAGCGAGCAUGAAAACUCGCUCAAGAAGCUGUCUGAUCAAGAGCGAGAGAAGGCGUUGGUGGAGGAGAUCGGACGGUUGGAGGAGGAGGUAUCGGGCCUUCAGGAGCUCAACAUCGAGCUCGAAAACUCGCUCGAUUCGGUCCAGUUCGACAACCUUGAACUGCGCAAUAAGCUGGACCGGUUGCAGAUCGAUCAUCAUCGACUGCUAGCUCUCUCCCCCUCCGAUUCUUCUUCUUCUUCUAAUCUCCCCCCGUUUUCUUCAAUCACGCUCAAUUCUCAGCCUCACUCCACUCCCAAUCUCAACUCUAAUCUUCCUCUCAAUCACUCUCCUCGAUGCUCGAAAUUCGAAGCUUUCGAGCUCGAAAUCGUCGCCGAAAUCGCCGCUAUCAAAGAUCAAUUGAAGCUCAUCCAAUUCAUUAAGAUCUCCCUGGCUUUGGGCUCGGAUCUUGUUUCUGAUUAAUUCUUUCUUGGGGCAUAUCCGUUCCUUUUUUUUUGUUUCUGCUGUUUCUUCUUCCUUGUUUUUGAAUUUUGUCUCUUUUUUUUUUGUUCAAUGGGUUUGGGGGCUGGUUUUGGUUGUUGUAUUCAGAUCAAUCUUGGAAUCAUGUCUGGUUCCUCUUCUUCUUCUUUUUUUUGGGGGGGGGGAGGGAAAAUGAUGUUUCUUCCCACCCUUUCUUUUUCUUUUUUUGCAUUCAAUAUAUACCACUCAUCAUCAUCAUCAUUCUUUCUUUGGGGGGGUUUUUGUGAGACUUGCAUUAUCCGUUUUUGUUUCCCUUCUAUUUGUGUUCCCAAUUGAAUAUGUAAAUUUACAUCCAUACAUAGAUACUCAACAUUACUUAUACUAAUACAAUAUCAUUGACAAGGGUUUUU